AUUCCUUUAAGCAAACAGCGCAGAUGGUGAUGAGACGCCGCAUUAUGCGGCGUCUCAUCUGGGUCUACGCUGUUUGCCAAGACCUUUUUUCUAGACGCUAGGCAUAAAUGGAUUAAACUCUACCAUACUUGUGGACAUAUAAACGUAGUUCUUGUGUACGCCAUGUUGAUACUCGUACAUACAUGUACAUACAUAUGUACAUAUACAUUGAUCCACAUCAUCUACUAAAAUGUUCAGUUUGAGUAGGUAUGAUAUGAUUACACAUAAUCUAACGGUUAACAAUCAAGGACGCUUUCACAGAUAUCGUUAGAUGUAUCUGACAAUAACGCGACGGAACGGUCGGACGAAUACAAGAUAACAGCUGAUACCGACCGAAAAUCGUCCAUGUUUAAUCCUACCGCAGUUUGCCUUAAAUUAAUAAAUUAAGAGUUAGGUAUUUUGUUGUAAUAAGCAAUAUGUUCACUAUGCAUGUGCAGCUCGGAUUAACUGUGAUCUUGUUAUACGUUGGCAGCGGCGUCGCACAGAAUGUUUGUGACGACGGUUGGCUGCCGUACGGAUCCAACUGCUACAAGUUCUUCACAACCAAGAGUGUGUCCGUUGCCAGCGCUCAGGCGGAAUGCGUCAGGUCGGCAAGCUCCCUUGUCAGGAUUCACUCGCAAGAUGAACUGAACUGGAUUACCACAACAGCCAAGGCGAAAUUCCCAAGCAGUGGAUUCUGGACGGAUCUCAAUGAUAACCCGAAAAACUCAUUGUCUCAAGUUGGUACUGGAAACUGGACAUGGGGCUCGUUCGAAAACGCAGACAUAUCGCUUAUUACAUGGGGUGUCUCUCCAGCCAAUGACGGUGUUGCAAACUGCGCAGGCGUGAGCAUUUUGGGUACACUGUCCGAUUUGGACUGUGCGGCAAGACAGGGAUUCGUGUGCAAAAUGGAUGCUUCAAACGGUUGUCCUUUGGGUUGGCUGUCUACCGACACCUCCUGUUUCUGGAUCAGUGACACGACAGAUCCUUCACAGAUGGUCACGUGGAGCGCCGCCAAGGCGUGGUGCUCAACACCUUUGAAAAGCAACGCUACGGGCGCCCAGUUGAUGUCCAUUUCGGUCCAAGACGACGUCGAUUUUCUGACCAAUAACCUGCCGUACCAAGGAAAGACCGCGGUCACGUAUUGGCUCGGAUACACGUACGCCAACGGACAGUGGAGCUGGAUCGUACCGAGUGCAUCCGCCGUCUCUCUUCCUUGGCAGCAAAGCCCUAACAAUGUUGCUGGUAUGGAAAACUGCGGUGUUUUACGUAUGAAUGGGAUGUUCGAUGACAGGAACUGCUCAUCAAUGGCCAACUUUAUAUGCUACCAGCAGCAGUACAAUACUCAAGCUCCGGACAAUCAGGGCUGCGGCCAGUGGAUCAGAGCGGGUAAACUGUGCUAUGGGUUUAUUGGCGGUUCCAAAGUGGCUGCGUGGCAAGAUGCGAAAAGUUACUGCAAGCAACAUAGCGCGAAUCUGGUCAAGGUCGACUCAUUCGACAAGCAGGCCUGGCUGAAUAUGCAGAUGCUUGAUCCAGCUAACGACAAGUUCAUGUGGACAGGCAUGAACGACAUCAGUACCGAGGGCCAGUACGUCUGGUCGGAUUCUUCGAGUGUUAACCAGUCAUAUAUCAACUGGAAUCAGGAACCAAACGACUACAAAGGUCAAGAGGACUGCGGUCUGAUUAGUUCUAGUGGCUAUUAUAAUGACAUGAGCUGUCAACAACAGGUCGCAGCCAUUUGUGAGAUUGACAACCUUGCAUCUUGCCCUAGUAGCAGCUGGGUUGCUAACAACAACAACUGUUAUUUCUUCACACCAUACAAGAAUAAAACUGCUCUCAUGAAUCAACUAGAGGCCGCCUCAUUUUGUAACUCCCUGUCCGUUGACGGAAACCACGUGGGCGCUCUGUUGUCCGUGGAAUCCGCCGCUGAACACGACUUUAUCAAGAACCAAGUCACGAACCCGCAAUAUGCCGACAAUGCCGUCGGUUGGUGGACUUCAAUGUCGGACCAACAGACCGAAGGAUACUGGACAUUUGCCACCGGACCUAUCUUUGAUCCCUCUCUAGUCGACUGGAACGGUGAGCCGAGCACCAAACCCGACGACGACUGUGGAGUGAUCACAUUCGCGGGUGCCUACCACAUGCGCCCGUGCAGCUGGCAACUGAACUUCAUCUGUGAGCGCUAUGCGUACGGAGUCACUGGAGGUGCUGCCAGCGUAACAAUAUCUAUGUUUUCAAUUCUCACACUGGUUUUGUCAACACGUCUGGUUGUGUAGUCCAUGGACAUACUUGUAUAAGGCCAGUGGUUUGUGCAAUAGGCAUUUAUGCAAGAGUGUGGUGUGUUUUGUGUUUGCAGGUUGAUAGAAAUGUCUUUAUUGUAAUAACUAUGUAAUUAGCAAUUAUGAAUCGAACGGUUAUUAAAACUCAGCAGCCGUGCAUCAAAAAUAGCUAUGUGCAAUCGUCACAUUGUGAAAGGUACAUGAUUGUUGAGCCCGUUUUAACCACAGCAAAAAUUUGUUCAAUUCAUGUUAAUUUUGAAACCAAUAAACUGAAAAAUAUGAGAUACAUAAUUUACACAGUUUGUAUUGUUAAACUUUCAAAUGCUGGGUUUUAACAAAAAAUAAUAUUGUUACUAUCUAAGAAAUGGAAAAUAAAGUAACUAUUAUGAAUCGAAACGUAUGUUAAAAGUUGGAGCUGAAUCAUAUGGGAAACAUGUCGUUGAAUGUAUGCUGCACAUAAAGCCAUAGAUUCAGAAAAUGAAAACGUUAACAAUUCACCGAAAUGUACUUGUAUAAAAACAACAAUUCAGCUUAUAUUCUUUAUAAAAAUGUAUGUGCUCUUUCGUUUAAAAAAUAACGUGAAUAAAAUUAUAUAUGCUAUGUAUAUAAAAUG